AUGGGGAAGGAUUACUACAAAAUAUUAGGACUGAAUAAAGGUGCGACUGAUGAUGAGAUCAAAAAAGCGUAUCGCAAAUUGGCCCUCAAGUACCAUCCGGAUAAGAAUAAGUCGGCUGGAGCAGAAGAACGGUUCAAGGAAGUUGCGGAAGCGUACGAAGUGUUAUCAGACAAGAAGAAGAGAGAAAUUUAUGAUGAAUGCGGUGAAGAGGGACUGAAGAGUGGUGGCAGAAAUUUCAAAGGUACUGGCGGUCAAUCCAACGCGUACUCGUACCACGGCGAUGCAUGGGCUACAUUCGCCCAGUUCUUUGGUUCAGCAAGGCCCUUUCAACCAUUCUUUGACAUUAACGGUAGCGGUGGAGGCAACUUUUUCGAUCGUGACAUGGACGUCGAUCUGGAUCCUUUUGCUAACAUCGGAAUGGGAACAAAUAGACCAAGCGGCCCUGGCGGCGCGUAUCGUAGCCAUAGCUUCAACUUUCAUGGAUCACAACAUCGGAAAGACAGGACACAAGACCCGCCAAUUGAACAUGACUUGUAUAUGUCGCUUGAAGAAAUUGCUAGGGGCUGUGUAAAGAAAAUGAAAAUUUCAAGAGGAGUCAUUCAACCAGAUGGUACAACAAAGAAAGAGGAUAAAGUAUUGACAAUCCAUGUAAAGCCUGGCUGGAAGGCAGGUACAAAGAUCACAUUCCAGAAGGAGGGAGAUCAGGGAAGAAACAAGAUUCCAGCUGACAUAGUAUUCAUUAUUAGAGACAAACCAAACCCAUUAUUUAAACGUGAAGGCAGUGACAUCAGAUAUACAGCAAAGAUAUCACUUAAACAGGCCCUAUGUGGAACAAUUAUUGAAGUGCCAACAAUGUCCGGAGAUAAAUUAACAGUAAAUCUACAAGGAGAAAUAGUUAAGCCCUAUUCAGUGAAGCGAUUCCCUGGUUAUGGCCUCCCAUUCCCCAAGGAGCCAACUAGGAAAGGUGAUCUACUUGUGGCAUUUGACAUCAAAUUCCCAGACAAACUGACUCCUGCAGCAAAGGAAAUAUUGGAGAGCACUUUACCAAACUAUUGA